AUGUCUGAAAUUAGGAGGAAACUCGUUAUCGUUGGUGAUGGUGCUUGUGGAAAGACAUGUCUGUUGAUCGUCUUUUCGAAAGGAACUUUUCCUGAGGUCUACGUACCGACCGUUUUCGAGAACUACGUUGCGGACGUCGAAGUUGACGGCAAACACGUUGAACUUGCCUUAUGGGAUACCGCCGGCCAGGAAGAUUAUGACCGUCUCAGACCCCUUUCAUAUCCGGAUUCCCAUGUCAUAUUAAUCUGCUUCGCUGUCGACAGUCCCGAUUCCCUCGACAACGUACAGGAAAAGUGGAUCUCUGAAGUCAUGCAUUUUUGCGCUGGUCUACCUAUCAUCCUUGUUGGUUGCAAAAAGGAUCUUCGUCGUGACCCGAGGGUUAUUGAGGAGCUCAGAAAGACAAGUCAGAGGCCAGUAACACCUGAGGAGGGUAUGGCCGUUGCUCAGAAGAUAGGUGCUAAACAUUACCUUGAAUGCUCAGCCAAGUCUGGGGAAGGUGUCCGUGAAGUUUUUCAAUACGCCACUCGUGCUGCGUUGCUUUCCCGCCCAGGCAAGAAGAAGGGUAGCAAGUGUGUUGUCGUCUAA